AAUAUUAUAAAAAUAAAAUAAGAGUUCCUAAUUGGAAACUGCUGUAUCUGUAUGUUAUAGUUGCACAAAAGUAGGAGAAAGUGGGAAGUAAGGAAGAAAACAUAAACCCAACCGUCUCAAACAAAAACAAGAUCAUUGAGAAAACAAAAAUGGCUGAAACAACUAUCAACAUUAAACCAAGGAAUGCAAAAUGGUGCUACUCUGCUUUUCACAGUGUCACUGCUAUGGUUGGAGCUGCAGUUCUUGGCUUCCCCUUUGCUAUGUCUCAGCUUGGAUGGAGUUUAGGCAUUACAAUUUUAAUCCUUUCAUGGAUUUGCACAUUGUACACUGCAUGGCAAAUGAUUGAAAUGCAUGAAUCUGUGCCAGGAAAAAGAUUUGACAAAUAUCAUGAAUUGGGUCAGCAUGCAUUUGGAGAAAAGCUUGGUUUGUGGAUUGUGGUGCCUCAACAAUUAAUGGUGGAAGUUGGCAUUGAUAUAUUUUACAUGGUCACUGGUGCAAAAUCUCUAAAGAAACUUCAUGAGAUUCUUUGUGAUGAUUGUGUGCCUAUUAAGACAACUUACUUCAUUGUUGUGUUUGCUUUUGCUCAAUAUGUUUUGUCUCAUCUCCCUAGUUUCAACUCCAUAUCCGGUGUUUCCCUUGCCGCCGCUGUCAUGUCUCUCAGUUAUUCCACCAUUGCUUGGAUAGCUUCAAUUCACAAGGGUUCUCAACCAGGUGUACAAUAUGGUAGCAGAUAUUCAACAAAAGCAGGAAAUGUGUUUGGCAUAUUUAGUGCUUUAGGGGAUAUAGCUUUUGGAUAUGCUGGCCAUAAUGUUAUUUUGGAGAUUCAAUCAACCAUCCCUUCCACACCUGAAAAGCCCUCCAAAAUAUCAAUGUGGAGGGGAAUGAUAAUUGCUUAUUUAGUAGUGGCUUUAUGUUAUUUUCCUGUUACUAUCUUUGGCUACCGCGCUUUUGGAAACUCCGUCGAUGAUAACAUCCUUUUGUCACUUGAGAAACCACGUUGGCUUAUUGUAGCUGCGAAUAUAUUUGUAGUUGUUCACGUCGUUGGAAGUUAUCAGGUCUAUGCCGUUCCGGUGUUUCAUAUGUUGGAAUCAUUUCUAGUAGAAAAAAUGAAUUUCAAGCCAACUCGGUUUCUUCGAUUCGUGACUCGAAAUUUAUACGUUUCAAUUACCAUGUUCCUAGCAAUUACAUUUCCUUUCUUUGGUGGACUUCUCAGCUUCUUUGGAGGAUUUGUGUUUGCUCCAACCACAUAUUUUCUCCCUUGCUUAAUGUGGAUUUGUAUCCACAAACCAAAGAUAUUUAGCUUGUCUUGGUGUGCAAAUUGGUUUUGCAUCAUCUUUGGAGUGUUGUUGAUGAUUUUAGCUCCUAUUGGCGCAUUGAGGGAGGUCAUACUGCAAGCUAAGGACCACAAAUUUUACUUGUGACAUUCUUGCCAUAAAUGAGGCUGCAGAAUCAUUCUUACCUUAAAUUCUUUUGGUCCAUGUUGUAUUGGUGUUUUUCCUUUUUAUUAGCUCUAGUUUCAUUCUUUAAAUAUAUCCUGGAUUACAUGCUUUUUAGUGUAUAUUUGGUUUCAUUUAUGGAGUAGCCAAAAUUGUUUCUA